CGGUGGGCGCCGCGCGCUGGCUGGAUGCUCUAUGACGAAAAAAAUAUACGUUCCAUUUACGAACUUUUGUUUUGAGUUCGAAUUGUGUUCUUCUGCGUGUUAAUAAACGGUGACUAAUUAUCAUAGACAAUGUGACGUUGCUAAAGUAUUUGAACCGUAAAAUAUCUGUGUAUUUAAAAGUAAAAUAAGAAGUCUCCGUAAAGUUUUUAGGUACUGAAGUUUGUUAUGUGAGUGAGCUAGUGUCUAAAGUUUUUUUUUGGUUACACUGUUUGGAAGAAACUUAGAAAAGGCACAGCGUUUCGUUUGUAAAUCGGAACUGUCACCCAGAGGAAUGAACUCCAUUGUGUCCACUCGCGGACAAUGUGCUUUAUAAAACGGAAAAGUUACAAAUAUCAGUUCAAAGGGCCAUGAUACGAAUCUCUUGUUCUAACUUUAAAACAUUGUGAUUCUAACUGCGAAAACUAGCGCAUAGUUCAGUGAAAACCAUGACGUUUUGAAAACCAGUGACCGUGUGAUGUAGUUAUAAGCUUCUUCAAAGUUUAAAUUGCUAGGAUAAUUAUAUUUUCCAAAAAAACAAACGUACAAAUACAAUCACUAACGUUCCAAAGAUAUUAUAUCUUAAAAAACUUUCUACUAGUGCGAACAUCAGUGAAUCUUGACCAAUUAGCUGCACGUAUCUCUCGGUGUUGCACCUAGCACUGAUUGGUCUCUGCACCUAGCUGUACACAUCACUCGGUGGUGCACCUAGCAGUGAUUGGUCAGCUGUGCGUACAUCGUGGGAGCAUCGCGCCGUGAUUGGUCGCUGCAGCGAGUGGCGCACCAAUGCGGCGGUCCCGCCAUGCGCGCGUGGUUGUGGUUGGUGGUCGCGGCCUGCACGCUUACUUGCAGCCAGCUCGUGCCGGCGCCCAUGAAGGCUGAGGUCAAGGAGACUUAUGACCGGCAGUACUGGUACGCGCAGGCACAGGAGACGCUGCAGAAGCGGCUGCAGUACGCCGCCAGCAACAAGCCCGUCGCCAAGAACAUAAUCCUGGUGGUGGGUGACGGCAUGAGCCUGACCACGGCGACGGCGGCGCGCGUGCUGCGCGGGCAGCGGCGCGGGGGGCGCGGGGAGGAGCACGACCUCGCCUGGGACACCUUCCCCGCCGUCGCGCUCGCCAAGACGUACAACCUGGACGCACAAACCGGCGAAUCUUCCGCCUGCGCGACCGCCCUGCUGUGCGGAGUGAAGGCGCGGUACGAGACGCUGGGGCUGGACGCCGGCGCCAGGUUCAACAGCUGCUCGUCUGCUGUCAACUCGAGGGUGACUUCGCUGGUGGACUGGGCGCAUGGGGCUGGCAAGUCAAGCGGCAUCGUGACGACAUCGCGCGUGACGCACGCGACACCAGCGGCCCUCUACGCGCACGCGCCGUCGCGCUACUGGGAGGAUGACAGCCGCGUGCCGCCGACAGUGCGCCGCGACUGCAAGGACAUCGCGCUGCAGCUGCUCGAGAACGAGCCCGGCCGCAGCAUCAAUGUGAUCCUGGGCGGCGGGCGGCGGCACUUCCUGCCCACAGUGACCCCGGACCCGGAGCAUCCCGCGCGCGAGGGCCGCCGCCUCGACGGACGCAACCUGGCCGAGGACUGGGCGCGAGAGAAGAAGCGGAGGAAGCUGCGAGCGCAGUAUAUAUACAGUAAAGAACAGCUGGCUAAGGUGGAGCCGCGGGCCGUGGAUUAUUUGUUAGGUCUAUUCGAAUACUCCCACUUGGAGUUCAACGCGGAGCGAGGCGCGGGCGCGGGCGCGGGGGCGGAUGCUGACGACAGCGCGGGGGUCAAGUCUGAUGACCCUUCCUUGGCCGACAUGACCAGGGCCGCGCUGUCCAUACUGCUCAAGAACGACAAGGGAUUCUUCCUGCUCAUUGAAGGCGGUCGCAUAGACCACGCGCACCACUACAACAACCCUUACCGCGCCCUCGAUGAAACCCUCGAGAUGGAGACGGCUCUGCUGGCGGCGCUGGAGCGGGUCAACCCGGCGGAGACGCUGGUCGUGGUCACCGCGGACCACGGACACGUCAUGACGUUUGGGGGACAGGCCACGCCGCGGGGGCAUCCUGUGUUUGGUGCAGACACAGUAGUGAGCGACAUCGACGGGCUCCGCUACACGACCCUGCUCUACGGCUCGGGUCCCGGGCACGCCGAGCCCCGCGCCGUGCCGCUGAACGACACCGCCUCGCCGGACGCCGUACACGCGGCGGCCGUCCCGCGCCAGUGGGCCACGCACGGGGCUGAGGAUGUGCCGGUUUAUGCACUCGGUCCGAUGGCGACUAUUUUAUUUGCGGGAGUCGUGGAGCAGAGCUACAUCCCUCACGCCAUCGCUUAUGCAGCCUGCCUGGCGCACCACGCGCGCAGGUGUCAGGAGAAACUCAACUUUACACAGCCCCCAAUAAAGAAGCCGCCAGUCUGCGUGCCAGCGGAGUCGGGCGGCGCGGCGGCGGCGGCGGCGGCGGCGGGCGACGAGGCGGCGGGUGGGCGGCGCGUAGUGGUCGCCUCCAGCGUCAUGGCGGACGAGCGGCCCCCGCGCGCCGCCGCCCCGCGCCCCGCCCCGCUCGCGCCCUGGACGCACCUUGUGACCAUCCUAGCGGUGGGCUAUGGGAAGCUGGCUAUAUGUUGA